AUGCUUCGAUCAUAUCUCUACCACCCAGCGAUCUAUGCUAACCCCAUCUCGUUCUCUAGGUUGAUUUUCAUCGGUCUCAUCGUCGGCACCGUGUUCUCAGAACUGUUCUGCUCCGGUCGUUUGAGCGACUGGCUCUUGGUCAAGGUCGCUGCGCGAAACGGUACAAAGAAGACACCAGAAAUGCGUCUGUGGCUGGUGUACCCUGCUGCAUUACUAACCUCCGUGGGACUGAUCGUUUGGGGAAUAUCAAUUGAUCGCAACUACCACUGGAUGGUAGGACAGGUUGCUUUCGCCUUCAUCGGCGCAGGCAUACAAAUGGCAAACACAGCCGUCUGCGCAUAUGUCAUCGACGCCUACCCCAGACAGAGCAUGUCCGUGGUCGUCUUCUACGCCGUGCUCCUCAACAUGUCAGCAUUCGUCGACCCUUUCUUCAUCGCAUACUGGGUUGACGCUGUUGGCUAUACUUGGACCUUCGCCGGGCAUGCACUGAUCACGGUCUUCUUUUGCAUUAUUAUCUUCGCAUUGCUGCACAAGUUUGGUGGGAAGAUUCGUGCGCGCAACGGAGUGCCCGACUGGGUCAAUCCGGAAUCCGAUGAUGCGUGA